CCCACGAUUGGCCUAAAUCUAUUUAGGGUUUUGUUUAGUCUUCAAGUAUCUUAUUAUACACAUAGCCUCUGCUUCAAGAAAAAGGGUUUUGAAUUUUUAAUAGUUAAGAAUGAAGAAGAAGAAGAUGACGAUCUUAAGUCUUCCAAUGGAUUUGGUAGCGGAUAUUGUUUCUAGACUUCCCAUGAAGUCUAUGAGAGCUGUGAGAUUAACUUGCAGAACGUUGAACACUUUAUCCCAAAGUUCGAGCUUUACGAAGUUGCAGAUUGGUAAAGAAGCAGCAGCAACAAGUGAAGGGGAGACUCGAAUGAUCAUGUUGAUGGAUUGCAAUCUCAUUCUAAUUCGUGUCGUCUUUAAAGGAUUUGACAUUGAUCCAUCUACAGAGCAAAUAGGUAAACUCACUUGCUUAAACGAUUCAGAUCAAGUCGCAAUAUCUCAAGUAUUUCACUACGAAGGUUUAGUGUUAUGCAUCUCCAAAUACGGUACUAGUUUUGUGGUUUGGAAUCCGUAUUUGGGGCAAACAAGGUGGAUCGAACCUAGAUGUACUUACCGCAACCGCUUAGAUGAAUACGACAGUUUCAGUUACGCUCUCGGAUACGAGAAUAAGGAAUCUUGUCAUAGCUACAAAUUGUUGAGGUUUAUAGAUUAUGCCUAUAAACACCUUUUACGGUAUGAAAUCUAUGAUUUUGACUCUGAUUUAUGGACGGAUCUUGAUGUUAGGGCUCCGCAUUGGCGUAUAUUGUUUCAUAACCGUGGCGUUUCCCUUGAGGGAUACACUUACUUUUGUGAUUCAGAAAGGUACUCAAGAGUGGAAAGAAACCAUGGAAUCAACGAUCACAUAAUCUGUUUUGAUUAUACAAGUGAGAGAUUUGGUCCGCUUCUACAUCUGCCGUUUAGUGCCGGGUUCGCUGACUAUGUGACUUUAUCUUCUGUUAGAGAAGAGAAGCUUGCGGCUUUACUUUCACACAAAGACGUAAAUCCUUAUGAGAAUGACAUAUGGAUUACAACUACGAUUGAGCCCCAAAAUGUGUCAUGGAGCAAGUUCUUGGCAGUGGAUACGGAACCUCACGUUCUGAGUAUAAAAGGCAGUUUCUUCAUCGACGAGGAGAAGAAAGUCGUCAUGUGUGUAAAUAAAAAAAGACAUUGGAACCGCCACACACUUGACAUCGUUGGAGAUGCUGGUGGAUACUUUAGAGAAUUAGAUGUCGGAGAACCUGACUGUAGCAACUGUCGGCCACAUGUAUGCGCUUAUGUUCCAAGUUCAGUGCAAAUCAAGCAACCUGCAAGAGGCCAAAGGAAACAAGAAAGCUUUUAGAAAAUUAAGCGUCAGAUAUGAUCAAAAUAUGUUUGAGACUUGACGCAUUUGCAAAAAGCGAAUCAAGCAAGAGGAUGAUGGAAGGAAAAGGA